GCUAGCUAGCUUGAACUCAAAUUAAACAUGGGCAAAAGAAGAUCACCACCCAUUUUACAAAAGGUCUCGAAUCUCAUCAAGGUAUCCAUUUUCAUAGCUAAAAUGAGGUUGGUUUAUCUUAAAAAAUCAGCCAAGUUGAAAGGUUUAAACCACUACAAUAGUUAUUAUAAGUACAUUCAAGAACGUCAGUUCUCUCCUUCAAGCACUCCUCUUAUUAGUUUUCGUAAGCGGAAAUCGAAUGGGGAGGCUUCAGUGUAUUCGGUUUGGUUUCUUUCGUGUUUCAGUGGCCAGCAUGACGAUGAGAAUUAUUCAUCAUAUGAUCAAUCUACUACUGCCAUUAUGAAAGUGGAGGAGAAAGAUGGUAAUUAUUUAGAGUUACUAUAUGAAGGAGUAGAAGAAGAUUCGGUAGAUGAAAGGGCUGACAAGUUUAUUGAAAGGUUUUAUGAAGAGAUGAAAAGGCAAAGAAGGGAGUCAUCUUCAUCAUCGAUCAGCUAAUCAUUUGCCACUCAACAGGAUGCAGCUGGAAUAUUAAUUGAAUGAUAUAUAUGCAUAUUAUUCUUUUUGUUUAGACUUAUAAUUAAUAAUGGAUUUUUAAUUGGAAUCCGGAACCGGAUGAAGUGAGGGAUUAAUUGGAUGGGGUACGUUGAGAGUCGUUUAAUUUGUUUUCAUUCUUUUUGGCAUGUUUAAUUUUGAUUUAAUUCUUUUGAAAGUUUUAUCCUAAUUAAUUA